AUGACGAUUACCUCUGUAAAGAGCCUCCUACCAGGCCGCAUUGCGUCCAAUGCCUCCGAGAACCGAACAGAAAAGCCUCCCCCACAGCUUCAUGGCAUUACAGACUUCCCCUUCAAAGGCUACCAGCCUCCGCAACCUGAAGGAUACCAACAAAGCCAAGCCCACCCCGAUACCAGUGCGAUUGUCAUUGACAAUGGCUCUCAUCUCGUCAAGGCCGGUUGGUCAUUCGACAAAAAUCCUCGAUUCGCCAUACCCCCCGUCAUGAGCCGAUACCGUGAUCGCAAGCUUAAUCGCCAGUGCCAAUUCAUCGGAUAUGAUGCUUACGUCGAUGCGACUACGAGAGGACAACUGCGCAAUGGGUUCGACCCCGGCUCAAGUGUUGUCGGUAACUGGGAUGUCAUGGAAGGAGUGCUGGACUAUCUGUUCCUGAAGCUGGGCGUGGAUGGUGCCAAUGGCGGCGUCGGUCGUCCUAUCUUAAUGACCGAGCCGAUCGCCAAUAUGGCUUAUUCCAGAAAAAUGAUGAAUGAAAUCCUCUUCGAAUGCUACUCUGCGCCGUCAGUGGCAUACGGUGUCGACUCGCUCUUUUCAUAUCGCUACAAUGGUGGAACGGAUGGGUUGAUCAUUGAUUCGUCGCAUACCUCCACCCAUGUUAUUCCCGUCAUGAACUCGAAACCCGUCUUCUCCAACAGCUCUCGCCUCAACUGGGGUGGCCUACAAGGAUCUGAAUAUCUCAUGAAGCUUAUGAAGCUCAAGUACCCGACCUUCCCGACCCGCUUAACAGAUGCCCAUAUGGAGGAGAUGGUUCAUAACCACUGCUACGUUGCACAGGAUUACAACCGCGAGUUGAGCACGUUCCUUGACUGGUCUGGACUCGAGGACCGCGAUCAUGUUAUCCAGUUCCCCUUCACAGAGCACGUUAUUCAGGAGAAGACGGAAGAAGAGCUUGCCCGGAUUGCUGAGCGCAAGAAGGAGAGUGGCCGUCGUCUCCAAGAACAGGCCGCGAGAAUGCGCCUGGAGAAACUUGUCAAGAAAGAGCAAGAGCUGGAAUACUGGAAGGAACUGCAGCUCAGACUGGAGAACGAGAAUAAGAAAGAAACUCGUCGCCUUUUGGAAGCCGAGGAUCUGAAGGACGAAGCCGCACUAGACAAAUUGAUCCGCGAACUGGAGAAGUCUAUCAAACGUUCGCGCAACAAGGACCUGGGUAUUGAAGAAACCGAGGAGCAGCCUGAGGAAAUGACAUUCCCCAUGCUCGAUAUUCCGGAUGAUCAAUUGGAUGAGGCCGGUCUGAAAGAAAAACGACACCAACGCCUCAUGAAAUCUAACGUUGAUGCUAGACAGCGCGCCAAAGAGGAGAAGGAGCGCGAGAAGGCUCGCAUUGCAGAAGAAGAGCGUCUGGACCGCGAGGAGCGCGAGAACAACUUCGAGAGCUGGAUUGCCAAGCGUCGCGGCAACCGCCAGCGCAUCCUUCAAAACAUUAAAGAUCGCGACCGUUUUACGGCAGAUCUUGGAAACCGCAAAUCCCUCGCUAGUCAGAUGCGUAUGAAGACUCUAGCCAACCUGGCAUCCGACGGUCCCAAAAAGCGUCGCCGCGGUGGUGAUGACGAUGACUUCGGUGCCAACGACGAGGACUGGGGUGUUUACCGCACUGUUGCUGUUGGUGAGGCCAGUGAUGACGAAGAAGAGGAGGAUCUUAACGCCAUGCUCGACUCCGCUGAAAAAGAACUCCUCGAGUACGACCCCGAGUUCAACGAGAAUAACACAUUCGCCGCACAAUCGGACUGGACAAAGAGUCUUGUGCACGCAUUCCUUCGUGGACCUUGGCCUUUCGAUCCAGAGAGCCAACGCGAAGCACACCAGCUUCAUCUGAACGUUGAGCGUAUCCGUGUUCCCGAGGUCGUUUUCCAGCCCUCUAUUGCUGGUGUUGACCAGGCUGGUCUCAUUGAGAUUGUGGCCGAUAUUAUUAAUCACCGCUAUUCAAACCCGCAGGACCAGUCUCGUCUGCUCAAGGAUGUCUUCUUGACUGGUGGAAAUACUCUGUUUACUGGCUUCGAUGAACGCUUCCGUAAAGAGGUUCGCGGGUUCUUGCCUGUUGAUGCUACGCUGAAUGUGCGCAAGGCUACGGAUCCUGUCUAUGAUGCUUGGAAGGGUGCUGCUCAGUGGGCUUCUGGUGGUGAUUUUGGUCGGUCUUCUGUUACGCGGCAGGAGUAUUUGGAGAAGGGUAGUGAGUAUAUCAAGGAGCAUGAACUUGGUAAUGCUACGUGGUGA